AAAUACAGGAAGACAGCAGUCAUAUAAACUGGACGACAGAUGAGCAGAUUUAUUUGACCUGAGAGAAACUGUGCCGCAGUGAGACAUAUCUAAGCGCUUCUGUCCAUCCUGCACUCUCCGGUACUGUAAGGAGAGGGGGAGAGUACGGAGGACAGCUGAAGGAGCGACGCAAAGAAGCUGAGGUCACACUUCUCGGAACUCAUUUUCACCCGGAACACCUGCUAUUUAUUUGCAUCAAAAGAUGGAUGAGUGUUUACAGGGGAUGACAGCUGCGCUCUUGGUCUUCCCGUGAUGUGACUUUGCAGGGAUUACUGAGCGAAUAAGACAUCCUGGUCUGUUAACACAGGCCAGCGGUUUGUCUGCGGGAAAAUAAAUCAGAUUUUAUAGUUUGCGCUGGAGCCGGGACCUUAUGCAAUGUGGAGGGAAGUGUGUUCGUGAGCUCAUAUAGCUUUACCUGGCAAUGACAUCAGGCUUAACUUGAAUGGCUCCGUGCUGUAUUGCAGCAAGGUGGACCGGGGCGUGAGGUGGCAAUGCGCGCAUCCUCCGAGUUGGACGUUUUGUGGGGGUGUUAUGUUUCCUAAACGAAAUUCAAAGCAUAAGGCCAUACAUCCAUCCUGAGCUGGCGAACUGCGUCACUGCAUGCGAGUCUUGCAGGUAGGCAGUAUACUCUCCAACCGCCGGGAGAGGAGCAUCAUCCUCUCUGCACUAUGUCUCCGAUAAACGCUUAACAGUUCAGCAGGGAUGGAAUCGGCUGAUGAAUCAAGUAAAGAUCCGCCACUGGGAUCCACAUUUUCCUCAGCACCCAAUUUAGAUUUGGACAUAAAUGCAAAUGGUAGGGUUAUAUAUCAGAAUGGGACGGACCUCAAUGUCAACAACAUCCAAAUCGCAGCCCUGCGAGGAGCCAGUGACCCCAGCGCAUACCCCUCUACAGACUACCGCGCGCUUGUCCGCCAGAGGUUCAUCCGGCGGAGUUUGUGGUUGUCAGACUCCGAGGAGCAGCAGCCAGUGGACACGCCGGAGCCUGUCAACAGCUGCCCGGUACUAAACAUUGACCUGCGGACCAUUGUUGAUCGGACUCGGAGCCGGGUUCUGCAAGGAGCCCGCCUAGGCCUCCAGGAGACUUCCAGCACAGAGAGCCAUGUGGGGCAGAAGGACAGCGCCUCAGAGAGCGCCGACGAGGAGAAGAGAAACCGAAGCGAAGCCAUGCCAAAGGUAGAGGUGGCGCCCUCGGACAUCUCAGGUAAAGCCGGAAGUGACGAGAACGAAGAGGAGCCCGGGAUGAAAGCUGUUUCCACUUCACCUGGGGGGAGAUUUCUCAAGUUUGAUAUUGAGCUGGGGAGAGGGUCCUUCAAAACCGUCUAUAAAGGUCUUGACACCGACACCUGGGUCGAGGUAGCAUGGUGUGAACUCCAGGAACGGAAACUAUCAAAAGUCGAGAGACAGAGGUUCAAAGAGGAGGCAGAGAUGUUAAAGGCUCUCCAGCAUCCCAACAUCGUGCGAUUUUAUGACUUCUGGGAGUCACCGGUUAAAGGGAAAAAAUGCAUCGUUCUGGUGACAGAGCUGAUGACCUCAGGGACACUUAAAACGUAUCUGAAGCGCUUUAAGGUGAUGAAGCCUAAAGUUCUUAGGAGCUGGUGCAGGCAGAUUCUCAAAGGCCUCCACUUCCUCCACACAAGGACACCUCCAAUCAUCCACAGGGAUCUGAAGUGUGACAACAUCUUCAUCACUGGUCCUACGGGUUCUGUCAAAAUAGGAGAUCUGGGCCUAGCAACACUGAAAAGGGCCUCUUUUGCUAAAAGUGUUAUUGGAACUCCCGAGUUCAUGGCCCCAGAGAUGUAUGAGGAGCACUAUGAUGAGGCUGUGGAUGUCUACGCCUUUGGGAUGUGUAUGCUGGAGAUGGCCACCUCAGAAUAUCCCUACUCUGAGUGUCAAAAUGCUGCUCAGAUCUACCGAAAAGUCACCAGUGGGGUGAAACCUGCUAGCUACAGCAAAGUCAGUGAUCCAGAAAUCAAGGAAAUAAUCGGGGAAUGUAUCUGCCACAGAUGGGAAGAAAGGUACUCCAUCAAGGACCUCCUUAAUCACGCCUUUUUUGCAGAGGAUACAGGUGUGAGGGUAGAGCUUAAUGAAGACGAUGAUGGCAAGAAAGCAUCCAUUGCCUUGAAGCUGUGGGUUGAGGAUACAAAAAAACUGAAGGGGAAGUACAAGGAAACUGGUGCCAUCGAGUUUUCCUUUGACUUGGCGAACGAAGUCCCAGAGGUGGUUGCCCAAGAAAUGGUCGAAUCAGGGUUUUUUCUGGAAUGUGAUGUAAAGAUAGUUGGGAAGUCCAUUCGGGACCGCGUGGCUAUCAUUAAAUGGAAAAGGGAGCGGACUGUCUCAGCAGCUGUGAAGAAGCCGCAGCCGAACCUACUGACGGUGCCCGGACCCGCCGUACCACAGGCAGCCAUAUUAGCUACGACAGAUGGUGAGGAACAGGAAGUGGAGCAGCAGACACUGGUCUGCUCCGUGCCAGUCAACCCAUCUACCACAUCUGACAGCGGAGUCGGCCCUGCCAUGCAAUUAGAUGAUCUAAAUAAUCAGCAAAGUAGCUCCAACCAGUCGCUUCCAGAGCCCAUCUCCACAGCCCAGAUGGUCUACAGCCCUCCUGCUCUGGUUGACCCCCAUCACCAGGGGCCCUACCAGCAACCCACAGCACAGGCCUCUCAAGAAAACUACACACAAACAUCCUCUCAACUACGCCAGGGGGCCUAUCAGCAAACCACAGACCAGCUGCAUUCUGGGGCCUAUCAUCAACCUGCUGCACAACUGCACCAGGGGCCUUAUGAGUCUCAAACAACUAGUUCGGCUCCAGCUACACCAGCCCCUACUGUGCACCAGAGUAGGCAGACAGCACAGAGCUUCCCAGCUGCAGACCCCAAUCCACAGCCACAGCUUACUACCCAACCCACACAGGAGCAGUGCAAAGUUCAACCAGCUGCUGUCCUGCCCCAGCUGUUAUCUGCUGAGCAGCCCACACCUCACCUGAGCCCUGCUGACAUACCAACCAGUUUUCCACAGUCAGUAUCCAGUACUCCUCCCCUGCUCCUGCCCCUUCAGAUCAGCACACAGGUACAGAUGAUUCCACCUCAGGGUAAUGUGGCCCUGGUCCGACCUGGGAUGCCUGCUGUACAGACUCCUCUCUGGGAAAGUGGAGUAGAUGCAGAAACUUCUACAGCUGUCCAAGACAAACAAACAAAUGAUCCUACUGUUUCAGCUUCAGCCUCAAUCUUAGCUACAGCUCUAGUUGAAAUUCAAUCCCAAACACCAGCUCUGGUCCCAGCACAAAACCAACCACAGCUUCCAGUAUCAGAUCAAGCCGAGGUCAUGCCUCAAACUAUGGAUUCAACAUUUGUUAUUGACCCAACAUCAGUCCCAAUACAAGAUCCAACGUCAGUGCAAACGAAAGCCCAAAUUCAAGCACCACUCUCUGUGUCAGAUCUCACUUUUGAAUCACCAAAAGACUUAUCGAUAAGCUUAGCUCCAGCCCCUGUCGCAGCUUCUGUCCCAGCUGCAGUUCUGCAGCCUGCUGGCACCCAGACAGCAGGCUCAGUGUCUGAGAGUGCCAGCGUGGCCACAACUCAGCAAAACCUUGAGUCCACAUCUGCAUCUGGCACCCUUCAACAAGAGUCCUUUCUAGAGGAUGUGCUUCAAGACAAACCCAUAUCUAUACCCAAUUAUGCCUAUGACAGUCUCAACUCUGAUGUGGCAUCUGGUAGGGAAACAAGUGAUGGCUAUGACAGCUUGGCUAGCGUAGGGAAGGGAGACGGAAAACCCAGGAAGCACCACCGCAAGUCUGCCCGCACGCGCUCCCGGCAAGAAAAGACCAGCAAACCCAAACUGAGCAUGCUCAAUGUUUGCAACACUGGUGAUAAAAUGGUUGAAUGCCAGCUGGAGACACACAACCACAAAAUGGUGACCUUUAAAUUUGAUCUGGAUGGAGAUGCUCCAGAGGAAAUUGCCACUUACAUGGUAGAGAAUGGGUUUAUCUUACUGAUAGAGAAAGAGAUCUUCAUUGACCAGCUAAAGGACAUUGUUGAUAAAGCUGAAGACAUGCUGAAUGAAGACAUUGAGGGAGAAAGGGCCUCGGCCUUAAGUUGUAGUCCUGAACAAGGCCAGAUAUUUGAAGGACUGGUAGGAGAGCCUGGAGCACAUCAGCCUGUAUAUCAGCAGAACGUUCUUCAUACAGGAAAGAGAUGGUUCAUAAUUUGCCCCGUUGAGGAGACGCCCACAUCCAGCCAGGAAACCCCGUCUGAUGGGACUGUUACACAGUCUCCUGGGAGUUCCACCACUACCCAGCCUGCUGACAGUGUCACUGCAAAACCCAGAGAAGAAGGGUCAUCCUCCACAAUGUCUGGUGGUAGUGGAGGCUUCACCUAUGAUGUCUAUGGAUUCUGUAGCCCUCCGAUAAUGUCCAACACAGACCCUCUCUUCUUAGCUACCCUGUCUCCCCCUGUGUCUGCUCCCCCGACCCUUCAGUCAGUGACAUCAGGGGUGCCUGCGGGCAGCUUGGUGCAGCCCAGUGUUCAUCAGGCUCAGCCCGCCAAAGCACAAACUUUGCCCCCAUCAUCCCCACAUACGUCUUUCCCAAUUGAUGAGUCACGGGGAUCCCCUCUGGAAUCUGUCUCUCCAAUUCAUGCAACUCUGCAGAUGCCCGACUUGUCAUGUGCUGCUGCUAUGGCUGAUGAGGUGCCCUGCUGCUCUCUGGUUAUGCCCUUGUCUCUGGAUGUGAGCGGUUUACAGGCUGUGCCUUCUCUCGCUCCUCUUCCACUCCAGGAGCCAUGUUCAGCCAAAGAUCCUCCGUCUGUCUCCUAUGCCUCGGCAGCACGCAGCGAGCGCCCACAGCAACCUGUGGUGCUUCACCAGCCUUUUUCCAGCAUAGGAGGAAGCAAAAUGUCCUCGGUACCCCAGAGCCCAGCGCCAUCCCAGCACGGCGCAGGGCAUGGUGAGUCAGAUGGUGAAGGAAGGCUUGGCCGUGGAGGCUUUGUGGACAGUACUAUAAAAACACUGGAUGAGAAGCUAAGGAACCUGCUCUACCAGGAAUAUGCUCCCAUGUAUCCAUCAGGCAGUGCUGCAGAGACACCGGGCUCCUGCACCGAGUACAUCCAGUCUCCUCCGGGUCCAGACAGUGCCGCCGGAGGGUCCGGAAACAGCACGCCGGGGCCAAUAGGGGAGGGCCGCUACAGGGGAGGAGAACAGCUGCCCCAAAUUCCAGAGAGAAUGGAUAGUUUGAGCACGUUGAGUGACUCAGCUGUAUGUGCUUCCCUGUCAAGAAGACACGUUCCUCACUCCACCUCCUGCUCUGGAACAAGAGGCCGAUUUAAAAUCAUCUCUGUUCCUCCUGAAGUGGCCAACAGACGAGAUGUGAAGCAGAGGAGCUGGAGCAGUGCUGCCUCACCAGCACAUCCUGUAGGGUACAAUGAGGACUACAUCCAGGCUGAGGCCUUGUCAGAAUCCACCACAAUUGGCCGUUUCUCUGUGGUUAGCACUGAAGAUGACAUGACUCAGAGGACGCGUUGCAGUCGAUACUCUGCCCCGCCAGAUUUCUACCUGGACACACCUCCAUCAAUUGCCAAGAGGGAAUCUCUGCCUCGGGCCGUGACAUCCAACUCUGUCGCUGUGGAUGUCACGGUCCAUGCUCGUUUCCUCUCCUCAGACUCAGGGGCUGAGAGCAGUCCUGCAAAGAGGGCUCCUGCCACCCCGUCACAACAUACUCGCUCUGAACGCAGAGGAAGUGACCUCAUGAAGAGGGCAGUGGCAUUCCUCCGUCGUUCAGGGCGCAGCAGCAGUGUGCAGAGCUCUGACUCACCAAGCAGGCAUGGAGGCAUGCAGGGCUCAGCCUAUGCCAGCAGUGAUAAUGACUCAGAGAUGGAAGACUCAGACAUGAAGACGGAAUUACAGAGACUCAGGGAGAAACAUCUGAGGGAGAUCUCUGAGCUGCAGGCCCAUCAGCGAGGGGAAGUGGAGUUGCUGUAUUGCCGGCUUGGCAAAGCCCCUCCUCCUGGUCUGGGUCUCUCUCAUGUUGCACCACCUGCAGGGCGAAGGAAGAAGUCCAACAAGCACAGACUGAAGCCUGGCAAACUUCUCAGCCCUCUGGUCCAACAAUUUAGAAAUGUCACAAACAAAAGUAGUGACUCCAGUAGAACCGUUGUUGCUACAGGUACAAGUGAACCCGCAGUGAGCCUAAAUGGCUCACCUGCCAAAGGGUCUUUCCCCACUCAAGGGAGGGCUCGGUCCUGCACAAGUCACCUUCCCAGCUCAACACCAGAGCCUGUGCAGACUCAGCAGCCCUGUUCCCUCAAGGGCUCUUUGUCUUCUGAUAAUAUUUACGGUGGACUACAAGGAGACGGCACUGGCACACAAGCUCCACCGGGACAAGGCUGGUCUAAUAAUCCCCAAACAUCCGAGAGAGUGACCUAUAAAUCGAGUAGCAAGCCACGAGCUAGAUUUCUCAGUGGGCCUGUGUCUUUGUCUAUCUGGACAACACUGAAGCGUCUGUGUCUCGGGAAAGAGCGUGGCAGCAGGUCUGGAGCUGGGCCAGGGGCUUUCAAUCCAACCCAGCAGCCACCUUCCGGUGCCACGCCUCCUUCUCACCAGCCGGUGACAGGACUGGCCCAAGCUCAGGCAAAUAACAGCAACAACAAGACAGCCACAUACACUGGCUUAUCCAUUAGUGCCGAUGAAAACAACCUGUCUGAAGACUUGCAGCGGCUGAUGGAGGACUGGGCCCAGGAGGUGCUUAUCGUCACCCACAGGCCGCGCACUAACUCUCUGAGCAUUAGUGGGCAGCAGCUCUGGAAUCAGGUUGUGCACCGAACGCAUGGACAGCUGACAAGUGCUUCAGAUGUAUCAUGGACAGCCCCAGCUCCGGAGGCCUGCAGUGCUUCUUUGUCCUGGCCUGAUAGCACGGAGUCAACAAUCAUUAACAGCCCCUCCACUGGGCCCCAUGGCAGUUGUCAGCUACGCUCUCCUGCUGCAUUCAGGGCCGUGUCCUCGCCUCUCUCUGUUAGCCAGUGGCCUGGGUUGCUCUUUCCUCUUCCUUCAGGAGCCUUUGCCUUUCCUGCCGUGCGCUCAUCCCAGGAUGCCCCCAGCCCCACUUCAGAUCCAUCAUAUCAGACGCCGGACCCCAAAGCCAGGACUCUGUGACUUAAGUAGCAUUGUGUCUUCCAACUCCGUUACCAAAAAUAAAUCCCACUAUAGUUCUAGUCAAUCUUCUUCUUCUUAUUAUUAUUAUUAUUAUUAUACUGUAUAUAUAUGUAUAUAUAUAUUUAACCAGCAUGUAUCUAAUCACAUGUACAUAUUUAAAUCCAUUCUUGAGUUUAAUGUUACUUUGUUAUCUUGCAUCAACAUACCUCAUGUCCAUAUUAGAGUACAUAAUCCUUCAGUGCAGUGUGAUGGUAGUAGUACAUGUAAAGAAGUAUAAUAAACCCAAUCAGGCUAAAAGAAUACAUUUUUGUCAUAGCUUGUAAAUGUAUCUUACCACUCAUUAAAAGUGAACUGUUCAUUAAUAGUAGGUUUAUAUAAAUAGUUCAUGUUUGUUUGCUCAUACCACUUCUAUGGUUGUGUGUAUAUAUGAAUUAUUGUGAGUCUGUACAUAGCCUCUGUGUUUGUACAGAUAACAUGAGAUAAUCCAUUGCUCGGUGCUGCAGAUAUGCGUCUUAAUGCAACACCUCAUUAGCCACCAUCAUGCCGUCACUGUGAAGACUUGACAUCCUGGUCAGUAGGACCGGUUGCUUAACUUUGCUCUCAGUCCAAGGAUAGGUUUCAUUCUUCAUCGAUGAAAUGCUUCCAGCACAAGCGCUAGAAAUAUCUUUAAGAGAUUUGAAUGAACUUGAAUUUUAUCUUCAGGUGUUAAAAACACCUGUGAGAGUGCCUUGAAAUGAAGUUUCAGUUUUAUGAAGAGAAACAUUACAGAUACCAGAUAUUCUGCAUUCAACUCACACGGUAAAUGAUGUGAUUUGAAUAAUGAAUGUGGAAUUACACAUUUAACUUAGCAACACAACAUAAUUAAACACUUGAAUCUGGUCAUGUUGAUAGACAUGAAAUAUCAGAGAUUGUAAAACAAAACCUUGUUCACUGAAUUCAUUUUCUUGUGGGAUUUGUUCUAAAACCUGCAUCAUCUCCUGCAUGAAUACACUGAUAUUCUGAAUGUGCACAGGUUGAUGUGAUUUGCUUCUAGGGGAUAUUAUUAAGAGAAAAUAGCAUUGAAACACAACAACAUGGAAGGCUGAAGGACUCAACCUCGAGCCAAAACCAUUGUCAUGCCAUACCUCUAAUGCCGUCUGUAGCUUUACAUAUGGUUGCCUUUGUGGUUUUUAAGAGAUUACUGUGUGGGUGGUUGUUGUUUGAGACAUAUUGAUGAUAUGAUUAUGUGAGAGGUCCAUGAAGAAUGUGAAUAGAUGAGAAGCCACAACUGUUUGACAUGUUAUUACUACAAUGCAUUUCUAGAUUAUGUUUAUUCAACGCUGGCCUCACAUGAUCAUCCGGCUUAUGAAGCUAAUUACACGUAUUAUGGCAGACUCAAUUCAAAGAUCUCCAACAAACAUUACACUGUAAUGCUAUAGGUUAUUUCAAUAGUGCAGCCUCUAAACCACCAUUUUCACUUCCAAUACUUAUAGCUCUUGUAAAACUUUAAAAUAUAGUUCAUUAAUGUUUUGAUGUGUUAUGGUAAAACAAAGCAGAGACAAAAAUCGAUAUAGUCAAGAAGUAGGCUGGACUUAAUAAUUUUAGACAGUGUAUGGAUCAAGCUUGAGAAAUACUGAAAGCUCAAUUUCCCAGAAUGCUAUUUAGUAGGACAUUUGACAUCAUAAUGGUUAUUUUGUAACUUUUGGACCUUUCCAGAGCCACAGAAUACAAGAGUACAAGCAGUUCUCUUUAUGAUGAAAAAACUGCGCGACUGCAGUGCCGCUUUAAAAAACCUUUCAUGUUAGCACAGUGUGACGAUAUUUUGUUUGAAAAUCAAUACAUUUUCUUAAAGGUAGAAUUUCUUCCAUAAUGGUUUAUGGAUUAUUAUGUUUUUCAUGAAAACUUCUCCUAUGCAGAUUUUUCUUUGUGCUUUUCACAGUUACUUCUGUAUUUGAUUUUCUUUAAUGCUUUCAAAGCAAGCUAGAUGUAUGGUUCCUUUCGUCCACUGUAUCACCUGUUUUCAAACAUGGAUACUAUUCCACAAAAGCUGUAUAUACUUGAAGACAGAAAUAAUAAAUUCAUAUUUGCUUGACAUCAUACAA